AUGGCACGACCACAACAACGUUUCCGAGGCGUGAGACAGAGACAUUGGGGCUCUUGGGUCUCCGAGAUUCGUCACCCUCUCUUGAAAACAAGAAUCUGGCUAGGGACAUUUGAGACGGCAGAGGAUGCAGCAAGGGCCUACGACGAGGCAGCGAGGCUAAUGUGUGGCCCUAGAGCCCGAACCAACUUCCCUUACAACCCAAACGCUAUCCCUUCAACCUCUUCCAAGCUCCUCUCGGCCACUCUCACCGCUAAGCUCCACAAAUGCUACAUGGCUUCUCUUCAGAUGACCAAACAGACACAAACACAAACACAAACGCAGAACACAAGAUUACGCCCGUUAUCUUUACCUGACACUCACGGCGUCAAGAACGUGACGUCCCACGACAGAGAUCAUCAGUGUAACAAGGGAAGAGUAACGGAGAUAAAGUGGGAAGAUGGUAACGUCGAUAUGCAACAGAACUUUAGGCCAUUGGAGGAUGAUCACAUCGAGCAAAUGAUAGAGGAGCUGCUUCAUUACGGUUCCGUUGAGUUUUGCUCUGUUUUACCUAGUUAGGCCAUGUCGCUUAAGCGUAAUUUUUUUUAUAUUUUCCUUCCAACGAAACGGCGUCGUAAUAUGAGUAGAUAUAGUAGAAGAUAAAAAAGAGUCUAAUUUCAAGAAACUUUCAUUCUAGUUUCUUUAAAUAGCAACCGAUCAUAUGCUAUGUAAUGUAUAGUCAUUUUUAUGAUAAACUAUUUUAUCAAUUUAUUUGCAUCAUUUUUC